UGAAAAUUGAUGAUAACGUUGUAAGGUACAGAUUUCUCGAAGUGUCACGACAGUUACUGAUUCGACGUAUCUAACAACACGUCAAAGAUGGCAAAACAAGUUCGCCCUUUUGUAAUCAUCAGUUUAGUUGCAUCCACUAUUCUAUACUCAGGAAGUGCAUUGAAAUGUUAUCAAUGCAUCUCGCUAGAAAACGGGAACUGUGCAAAGGGUCGACUGUCAGAUGAAAUGAUUAUGGAAUGUACAUUACCAACAACGCCACCUACUACGAUUACUACAUCAAAGACUACAACAACGACGGGCAGUACUCCGACUCCAACAACGACGGGCAGCACCCCGACACCAACAACGACGGGCAGCACCCCGACACCAACAGGGACGGGCAGCACCCCGCCACCAACAGCGACGGGCCGCACCCCGCCACCAACAGCGACGGGCCGCACCCCGCCACCAACAGCGACGGGCCGCACCCCGCCACCAACAGCGACGGGCCGCACCCCGCCACCAACAGCGACGGGCCGCACCCCGCCACCAACAGCGACGGGCCGCACCCCGCCACCAACAGCGACGGGCCGCACCCCGCCACCAACAGCGACGGGCCGCACCCCGCCACCAACAGCGACGGGCCGCACCCCGCCACCAACAGCGACGGGCCGCACCCCGCCACCAACAGCGACGGGCCGCACCCCGCCACCAACAGCGACGGGCCGCACCCCGCCACCAACAGCGACGGGCCGCACCCCGCCACCAACAGCGACGGGCCGCACCCCGCCACCAACAGCGACGGGCCGCACCCCGCCACCAACAGCGACGGGCCGCACCCCGCCACCAACAGCGACGGGCCGCACCCCGCCACCAACAGCGACGGGCCGCACCCCGCCACCAACAGCGACGGGCCGCACCCCGCCACCAACAGCGACGGGCCGCACCCCGCCACCAACAGCGACGGGCCGCACCCCGCCACCAACAGCGACGGGCCGCACCCCGCCACCAACAGCGACGGGCCGCACCCCGCCACCAACAGCGACGGGCCGCACCCCGCCACCAACAGCGACGGGCCGCACCCCGCCACCAACAGCGACGGGCCGCACCCCGCCACCAACAGCGACGGGCCGCACCCCGCCACCAACAGCGACGGGCCGCACCCCGCCACCAACAGCGACGGGCCGCACCCCGCCACCAACAGCGACGGGCCGCACCCCGCCACCAACAGCGACGGGCCGCACCCCGCCACCAACAGCGACGGGCCGCACCCCGCCACCAACAGCGACGGGCCGCACCCCGCCACCAACAGCGACGGGCCGCACCCCGCCACCAACAGCGACGGGCCGCACCCCGCCACCAACAGCGACGGGCCGCACCCCGCCACCAACAGCGACGGGCCGCACCCCGCCACCAACAGCGACGGGCCGCACCCCGCCACCAACAGCGACGGGCCGCACCCCGCCACCAACAGCGACGGGCCGCACCCCGCCACCAACAGCGACGGGCAGCCCCCCGACACCAACAACGACGGGCAGCACCCCGACACCAACAACGACGGGCAGCACCCCGACAUCAAUAACGACGGGCAGCACCCUGCCAUCCCGGCUGACGGGCUGCACGCCACCAACCACGCUAACAAACAGCAUUCCGACAGAUCAGGAUGACUUAGUAAUGAACCGUCGCCAUAGUAGACUACGAAGAAGCAUUCUUCCUUACAUUCAACAAAAUACAUAUGCAGAAGAAUGGAGUUGUGCUAUAAUUAAACAUUAUUACCAUAACACCACUAUAGCCACUGAACGUAAAUGCGUUCUUUCCAGUUAUACGUGCCCUGAUAGUACAUGUAAUAUUACAAGACAAUGCUAUGAAGAUAAGUGCAAUAAUGCUAAUGUGAUAUCAGUUAAUACGAUAACUUUAACAUGGCUUAUACUUUCGUGGGUGACUAUUAAUUUUAACAUUUUUACUAGUUUUUAUUAAUUUUCGAACUUGAAGCGUUGUAGUAGCAUUGUAUCAUGUCUUAAAACUAAAAAAUAUCUUAAAACUAAAAAUGUUCAAGCAAGAAUCUAUGUUUAGGGGCUAAUGUAAAUACAUUUACCUAAUAAAUUUCAUCAAGUCAAGCGUUAUGUAUCAAGCAAAUACGAA